GCAGCAGGAACCCUGCGCACGCGCACUCUGCAGCAGGAACCCUACGCACGUUACGACCAUAGACAACAACAGUCCGGAGUCCAGACUUCACCCCCAGUAAUACACGCAACCCACAGCCAUGGCAGAUCCAAGAAUACGGCAAAUUAAGAUUAAGACCGGCAUCGUGAAGAGACUGGCCAAGGAGAAGAUUUCGUACCAGAAGGAGGCGAAGCAGCAGGAGGAGAAGGUCCAGCGUUUGAAGGACGAGGCAGGAGACCCGUACGUCAUCAAGAAGCAGAUCGAGGUCUUGCAGGAGUCACACAUGAUGGUCCCCGACUGCCACCGGCGUCUGACCAUCGCACACGCCGAUCUGCUCCAGCUGCUGGAAACCGAAGCGGAUCUGAGCGAAUCGGAGGAGUACAAAGAGGCCAGAAACAUGUUGGACUCGGUGAAGCUUGAAGGAUGAUCCGGGAUUCUUCCUUUCGUCGGGUGUCUCUGUUGUUCAUGUGAUUAUUUUCUACCGCUUAGUGCGUCCUCGCCGUUAAUGUGCCACCACUUCUGAUCACACUCCUCCUAAAAAUCCCAGUGGGGGAGGGGAGAGGGUUUUUUUUUUUUUUGUGGCACUGAUACACAAUCUGGACUUUUGAGAUGUUAACACACACACACUUGCCUCCUGCAUUCAGGCCUCACCUUUGAUCUGGGCCGGCUUUACACAAUGCUGGAAACCCAACGUAGUCAUCGGUUGUUAACACAGUACUCGUCAGGAUGAUUUUUGCGUUCACUGAGCCGCUUUUGGACUAUUUAACUCAACAACUACUAACCAAAGCUGCAAUUAACAGUUAUUACCUUUCUUUAAUCGAUUCUGAAAUGCCAGUGUUUGAGGGGGGGGGGGUAUAAGAAAGAGCAAGUGUCCUCAACUCGUGAUGCAAAAAAUAUUCAACAGAUUUUCGAAACUUGAAACAAUGAAUGUUUAUUUUUCUGUUUUUUUGGGGGGAAUAAAAUUCUUUGCAUAUCUGAUGGAUUAAUAAACUGAUGGUUUUCAGCGCUUAA